AUGGAUCCGCAGUGGUCAGCUCUAGCAGAUGUCCCUGGGAACGGGAUUGAUCUCCCCUCCGGUGCUGGCACCCCUGAGAGACAGAUCGCGCAAGAGCCUCAUGACAUGGAAACCUCCACCGAGCUGCCGAAGCACAAGCGAGCAUUUUGCGCCGAACGCGUCUAUGCGGAGCAAGUCAUGCACGAACACAUUGACUUGCGCGCAAGACCGCCUCCCUGCAUUGAGCAACGGCCCGUGAAGGCGGUCUCCUUUACUCAUGCCAGGGUUAGCCAACAGUUCAAAAAUGGAUUGAGCUUGGCAAAGCUUUUGGGUGAUCUAAGGCGGGGUAGAGUGAACCCGGCAGUCGACUCCAGACUUCAGCUUGACGUGUGUCAACUCCGUGGCAAGAUACGAUCACUGAACAAUCGGCGAUUGUGGGUCUUGAAGGAGUUCCAGCGAGAACAGGAUGAGAAAGGCUCCAAAAUAUGCGUUUCCGUGAAUGUGCAUCCACUUUGCAGGGGCACAGCCAAGUUCAUCCAGGACCUCUGUCAAGCGCGGACUUCAUCGACAAGCCAACCAGCCGUACAUCCAGAGGCACGCGAGGCACGUGCGACGUUGCGGGACAUCAGCAUUGAAAGGGAAGGGGUUAGGGACUGGGCGCUCCUGGAGUUCGCAGAGAUCCAGAGCCAAGUGCCCGUUAGCGACCUGACCUGUAUCGGAGCGGCUCCACAGCCUGAAGCUAAACGCCGGCGCAUCAGCCACGCUGCGCCGAGUGCUGCGGGCUUGAGGCAGGACACUGCCGAUGUCCGUGAUUGCUUCUCGGGCUCCGUCGUCGAUGUUGUCAAGUUUGGAUCCAAGCUGCAUGUCGUGGAUCGGGAACUCUUCAACACCUUGGAAGGAUUUCAAUUUCGCCGUGUGGAGAAGGUGCGUGUGAUUCCCAUGUGCCCCUGGACAUCGAAGUUGGUCCUGGCAAACAGCAGCCGGAAUGAUGGGAAGAGCGUUGAAGUUCGUGGAGCCAUUGCCCAGGAUGGCGAAUGGACGCUGGGACACAUCGUCGAGCUCUUGCUGGAAUUGGCCAACCACCUCUGGCAGUCUCCACAAGCCCCGAGAAUUUUUCAGAUUCUCGCAGCUUCGCGCUUGCUUGGUGAGCGUUGCGCCCUGAUAUCUGCGAUGCGUUCGCCAGAACGACCACUGCAAACAUCUCAAAGCAUCUGGCCGUUUUUGCAGCAUUUGAUGAAGGUGCAGCCUUACAGCUUUCAAAGAGCAGUACCUGCAUGCAGAUACUUGUGCCGAACAUCAGCAGGAGCACUCGAUUCUACGAAUGUCUUGGGUACAGAGCAGCUCUUGAAUCUUGUAUCCUCGGCUUCCAAUGUGCUUGCUUCGGGACAGGCUGAUGUGACUGAUGCAUCCUGGGACUGCAUGCCUCUGGUCCCCUCUUCGAAGGAGUUGCGGACACAGAAAACGAACAUUCUGCCCGACGGCCGCAGGAGGUACACAACAUCGCGAAUGCUGCCUGUCGUGAGGCAAGUCGGUGGCUACAAGUCCCUUGGCGCUUACUUGGACACAUACUUCCGCCUUCUUCGCGAGGAUUGCACGGCGGCCAUCCGCAACUCGCUUGCAGAUGUGCGCGACCACGGGAAGGAGGCGGACGCGGUUAACAAGGACAGCAAUGCUUUCCGGGCUACCCUCGAGGGCUUUACCGUGGGGCACGGCCAGGAAGGUGUGGUCGACAGCCGAAUCAAGGUAGUCCUCAAAAUUGAGCCCAUGCUUACACGAGCACGAUGGGAGCUUCGAGCUGCCAAGUGCUUCAUGAGCGGUAAUCUGAUUGCAUGUGUUUGCAAUGAAGAUUUCGAUCAUCCAAUCUGGAUGCUGGCCGCUCGCCGCGAGCUGAACAGAUCGAGUGGUAUAGUGGCACUCGACUUUUAUGCGGAUGCCAGAAGCUCGUCACAAGCGUCCAUGGAAGCCGGCCAGGUGGCAUACAUAUGGAGCGCAACAAAGCUGACCUUGGUAGCGUCUCCAACGUACUUCCGGUCGUUUGAGCCGAUCCUCCGCCGACUGCAGGCCACGGAGGAGGUGGGCUUGCCUUUCCAGGAGGAGUUGGUGCAUUGCAAGACUGCAGAAAAACGGCCAUUGAGCUUAUGUGCUGCAGACGCCGUCGACAGGAGCCUGGUGUUUUCGGGCCCGGAGCUACACUCGGAUGUCUCCUACCAGCUUGUGGGCAUCAGUGCUCCGACCGAGAUGCGUGCAUGGACGCUGGGCAAACAGAUCACCAUUUGUUGCCCUUCUGGCCGGUCUCUCUUCGAUAUCAGCUGGAACGAUUUGUUCAAGAAGUUUCGCAUUCGCAACCUCGCUGGCCACCAGAUUCUGGUUGUUUCCGGUGAGCAGCCUGACUUGGCCACCGGAAGCGGAGAUGAAGCCGGGGAUGAAGCUUCCGCAGUUGCCAACGUGAUCCAGAGCGGGGCUGAAGCACACGUGCCAGUUUGCUGCGAUGUGGUCUGCCAGCUGCAGGCGGCGCAGCACGCCCUGCACUGCCGCGUGUCCCUCAUCCAAGGCCCACCAGGUACAGGAAAGACUUUCAUUGGUUACAAGCUGUUACAGAUGCUGGUGAAGAAGUCUCGAGUCCUCGUGCUGACGUACAAGAAUCAUGCACUGGACGACUUCUUGCAACAUUGUGUGGAGGGGCAGUACACCCAAACGAUGGCCAGGGUUGGCCGGAACAGUGCGGACUCUGCGGAGUUGCAGGCAUGCAAUUUGAGAAGCCUCAAAAAGAAGCUCGCAAAGCCUCUUGACAAGGCGUGGCAGGACCCUGCCAUGAAGGAACUACGGACCCACAUCUUUCAAUCAAAGGUUGAUGUGAAGGGCCGGCAGAGCGAGUUGCUGAGCGACGCUCGGUUCAACAUGGCUGUAGGAGGUCCAGACCUGAUCAAGCCUGAGCUGCAGGCCAUGGAGAAGUUUCGGAACCGAGGAGUUCAUUCCGUGUCUUGGAUGGUGAUCCUAGGACGCCGCAAGCAAGUUAAUGCAUGGAAAGGAAUACUGUAUGGUCGAUACCCGAGGUUGAUACGUUCCUCAGCAGCAUUCGCGGUCAUCAGCUCGUUCAAUUUUGCCGAGAUUCCCCAAGAAGGGGCAGGAAUGUCGAGUGGCUUCGGUGGAGAUUGGACAGAUAUUGAAACUUCCUCAGAAAUUGGCCGGAUGACUCUCAGCUUUCAGUCAGCCCAGCAGCUCGCAGAGCUCGCCAACUCUCAGCCUGCACCCUGGCACGUUGGAUUCACAGCUCUUCAUUCUGAGGACCUUCCGCGAAUGCUACACUCUGAAGUCCAGCUGGAUGCUCUGGACUGGCAAGAAGACCCUCUGGAGACUUCCCGCUUGCAGCAGGAAUGGUAUCCUGAUCAAGACAUGGUCGCAGAAGCUGCGAGCAUGCUCUUCAGCGAAGCCGGGUUGACGCUGCCCGAGGACUCAGACCAGGUGAUGGGCGCACAUGGCUACGAAACUGUUCAGGUGCAAACUGCCGAGGAGUGGGAAACAGUUGUCCGCGCUUUGAGCAGCAACAAUCAGUUGCAGCAUCCUAUCUCCUUGCGGAUGGAUACUAGACUGGAAAAGGGCUGGGUUUUGCGCGAAAUGAUGGAUCCAGCGACUGGAGGAAUGCUGCCGGUGCAAACACCAGAGCAUCUGCCAGUGAACCUUUGCUUCGAGGCCGAUGAUGAGGCUGAGCGAGAACUUCAGGCAGAGAUCGAAGCAGAGCGCGGCAAUGGGCCAAGCGAUGGGGGAGAAGGUCUCAGCAAGGACGAGUGGCGGGCCAUGGUGUCCCGACUGCCGUCCUUCCAGCAAUGGCAGCGCAAUAUCCGCAUGGAGCAUCUCCCUAAGGAAGGAGCUGCGCAGACGGGAACCAACUCCGGAGAUCGUGCGAUCUGGGAUGCGCCAAACCUUUUUCAGCUUUCGAAGUUGAAUCGAGCACGCUUGGUGGCGCAGCACAUCGCUCAGCAAGCAGCCAGCCGCCGUCAAGAUCUCGAAGUCGCCUUGACGACCCUAACGCAAGCAUGCGAGGAAGAGGAGUCAACUGAUGUUGCCAUGAGUGCCCGGGUGUUGAAGGACAAGAGAAUCGUGGGUAUGACGAUCACCGGUGCCUCCAUCAACUCCGCCCUCAUUUCACAGCUCAAACCCGAUGUGGUCCUCGUGGAGGAGGCUGCAGAAGUCUUGGAGCCUCAAAUUCUCGCGGUGCUUGGCCCCUGGGUCAAGCAUUUGAUCAUGAUCGGAGACCACAGACAGCUACCGCCACCCGUGGAGACAUACGCUCUUAGGCUGAACAACUUAUUCGACGUGAGCAUGAUGGAGCGCCUUCUUGAAAACGGGCUGCCCAACGUUGAGCUUCAAGCGCAAGGGCGCAUGCUCCCUGGACUCUCCAAGCUCUUGAAGUCGAUCUACCCUCAUCUGAAGGACAAUACGAUGGUCACUAGCAAGCUUGUUGCUCCAGCCUGCGUGGCUUCAGAAGUCUUUUUCUGGCAUUGCCCACAUCCAGAAGAAGAGGGUGAGCGCAGUCACGUCAACAAACGCGAGUGUGACCGGGCUGUACAACUGGCUCGCUUCUUCAUUUCCCAGGGCUACAAACCGAAGCAGAUCACGGUGCUGGCUCCAUACCAGGGUCAGGUGGCUCUGAUCAAAAACACCUUGCGAGAGGAAAUUCCCAAGUUCUUGGCAGAAAUGGGUCAAGAGCAGCACCUGAGCCCCUUUACAGCUCACAUUGACCCAGUGCUUCUCAAGCGUGGGAAUCGCGUGGAUAUAACUUCUGCCACGGUCCGCCAAGAGAGAGUUUACCCUGUGGACGGACAGUCGGCACAACCAGGAUGCUACCGCGCGACCCUCACGGGCACCCACCACGCAUCUGCAAAGGACGAUUUCGUUGAGGUGCGAUUGGUGCCAGAUGCGGUGCAGCCGGACCAGAUGCCAGAGGUCAGUUCGAUUGACAGGUACCAAGGAGCUGAGAACGACAUCGUUAUUGUGUCUCUGGUCAGAUCCAACCAACAGAAUAGAUUGGGUUUCCUUGGCACCGAUGAUGGCAAGAACCGCAUGUGCGUCGCACAAUCGCGUGCCCGGUGCGGCAUGUACUUCAUUGGAAAUGAAGUUUGCCUUCGGACUUCACCCCAUUGGUGCGAAUUCCUUGACAAGCUACAAGAGCGAGGGUGCGUGGGAAGCAAGUUUCCACAAGGAUGUCCUCGCCACAGGCAUGUGCAGAAUGAUGCUUUGGAGGCAGAAGAUGUGUGCACAACGCAAUCGGCAGUUUGUGGAGUGCUUUGUGGGGCGCAAUUUGCCUGUGGUAUUCAAACGCACACUUGCAAGCGUCCAUGCCAUCCAGAAGAGGACGGGGACAGUCACAGUGCCUCGAAGUGCGACCACAUUUGCGCACUGGUAUUCAACUGCUCGGAGUCGCCAAAUCACGAGUUUCAACUGCCUUGUCGCGAACGCACGAAGCACAAGUUCUGCCCUUACAAAGAGCCACUUUGUUGUCGACGAUUUGCUUCGCACAAGCUCACACGCAAAUGUGGCCAGGAGAAGGAGGACGUGUUGCGUUCUUGUGAGAAGCGUUGUGAAUCGAAGCUUGGCUGUGGCCACUUUUGCCCCAAGAAGUGCUUCGAGCCUUGCAUACAGGAGGCGGAGUGUGUAGAGAAGAAAUACUUUGACUGUCCAAACUUUCCUCAGAAGCACUCCAAGAUGCAACUCGCUUGCAAUUCCACUCCAGAACAAGUGGCUUCCGGUUGCACAGACCGAUGCAGCCGGAAGCUGUCCUGCGGGCACUACUGUCCCAACAAAUGUGGUGAGCCCUGUGCGACUACGUGCCAGCGGCGAUGUGGGGCACGUCUGGCCUGCGGCCACGCCUGCUCGCGCAGGUGCGGAGAGGAGUGCAAGUGUGAAGCGAAAUGCGAACGAGAGCUUCCUUGCGGCCAUCUGUGCCAGAAAAAAUGUAGUGACUGCAGUGGUGCCCAUGAUCUUCCUAUUUGCAUGGAGCGUUGCAGUCGAAAGCUGUCUUGUGGCCAUUUAUGUGGACGUCUGUGCUCCGAACCCUGUGGGCAAGUUUGCCUCGGUUGCGACGUCUCUCGUGAGCAGCCGCCGGCCGAGGAGGCCAUCCAUGGAAUCAUCCGCAAGGCUUUCGAGGCGAGUCUCAAAGACGUGCCAACUGCGAAGCCGCAAACAAAGGCGAGGCCAGCAACAAAGCCUAUGCCGCGACCUGCCGGAUCUGCCGGUACGGGCGAUCAAGCGAGACCGCCGCCAAAAGCCAGACCAACCACAAAGUCCAUGCCGCAGCAGCCGAGAGCAACAACAGACGAGGAUGAUGUGAUUGUUCUCUCAAGCUCCUCGGCUCGAGGCUUUGGCUCCAAUGCAAGUCGGCAGGGCGGAGGUGGCAAGGGCCACAGCGGAGGGCAACUCGAGGUUCGGCCCGAGCUCAAGCGCAAGCGUCCCUCCUGA